AUGGACGAGUUAAGCCACCUCCCCGACAUCGACGCCAAGGAGGGAGGACUCGACUUGGACGGCGAGGAGGGAGGACUCGACGUCGACGGGGAGGAGGAGGGAGGACUCGACCUUGUCGACGAUGAGGAAAGAGGCGGCGUUGACGAGGGAAGAGGCGGCGUCGACGAGGGAGGAGGAGGCGGGUACCCGAUCGUUCUCCUGAGCGACUUGUCCUACCUCGCUACUGAUGUUGCAAGGCUAAGCAGUGCAAUGAAAGCAAUUGGGGCUCAUAAAGGAAAUCUGAUUACUCUGGUUCUACCCUCAAGCAUCAAGAUUAAUGUUGUUUUGAACUCAUUAGCACUUGAGUAUGACUCUACCGUGGAUGGUGACAAAAGGGCUGCCAUCAGUGUAGUCCAAAACAAGCUGAAGCUCUAUGGUGAAGUGCCACCAAAUGGGUUAGUUCUGUACUGCGGGACUAUCUCAGGCAAAGAGCAAGAGGUGUGCUGCGCAAUUGAGCCACCUAGGGCGGUGAAAUUUUGCAUGUAUCGCUAUGGAAACAAGUUCCACACUGAGGUUUUGGAUGAAUUGGUACAGCGCAAGUAUGGGUAUGUGGUUGUUCAUGCAAAAGGAGCUAUUUUCGGUGUAGCAGUUGGGGAUAACAGUAAGAUACUUCAAACUCUCUCUGUUGACACACCAAGCAAGUAUGGAAAGAUGCUGUCAUCAACUCGGUGUUUUCUGAAAAUGCGAAUGGAGACCCAGCAUAGACUUGUGAACGAUACCACAAAACUGGCAAGAGAUAUCUUCAUCAAUCCAGAGACAGAUGUUCCAAUGAUUCAUCACCUGAUUGUAGUUGGAUCGGCAGAUCGGAUGCCAGCACUCAAGUGUCUGAUAUCGGCCCUCAAGGAACCUGAUUUGUUUGAUCACCGGUUGGAACGCAAGAUUGUUGGGGUAGUCGGUAUCUGCAAUCCACCGUGUGACCAUGAACAGAUGUUUCGCCUGGCUGUUCGCAGGACGUCCACAUACCAUGACGACUCGGAGCUUCAAGAAAUGCUGCUGAACAGGUACAUUAAGUACGUAAAAGAUGACAAGUGUGUAUGUGGUCUCCAAAAAAACACGUUGGCUGCUGCUCAACUCGGUCUAAUGGAUACACUUUAUGUGUGGGAAGAUCUAGUCUUAAAUCAGGAGUCCAAUCAAAGCAACUUUGCAGAUGAGCCAGCAAUCCUAGAAGUGAAGGAGAGGAGAUCCGUAGUUGAUUGGCUUCUGUCAAACUACGUGCAGUUUGGUUAUUGCAUUGAGAUUGUGAAACCUGGUCCACCUGACGAGCCGGUGACGUCGACUGUCAACACCUUCUGCAAGGGACUUCACGGGAUAGGAGGCAUUCUACGUAUGUAG